AUGAAUACAGUUGAAGUGUUAAAGACUUCUCGAGAAAAUCCAAUGAUUUAUUUUUCUGGAUUUUUAUAUACUCAACAUCGAAUAACAGAAGAAAAAAGUAUAUUUCGUUGUGAAGAUCGAGACUGUAUAACAACAGCUGGUUUACCAACAAAUGAUGCAUUGUUGCAAAUAAUUCGUCGUGAGCGACCAGCUAUGCAACUUGAUCAUCAAGGUCGUUUACCUCUUAUAUGA